GGGCCCCGGGCGGGUGCUGGCAGGAGGGCGACUGGCCUCUCAGAGGUCCGGGAUGCCCAGCCUCCCCCAGCCAGGCUGCAGCGCCGGCUCCUCCUCGCGCCUCCUCCCACGCACCCCUCUGAAUCACGAAGUCAGACCCCAGUCCUGACUCUUGCUCAAUGACCAGAAGCCCAGUUCCUGUGGGCAGCGCCUGACGUGGCUGUCCCUCUCUUUUCUGCAGCUCAAGAGAAAGACAAGAUCUUGCACAAGGCACAUCUGUCCUUGGCCAGGGACAGGCGGCAUGGGGCCUCUCUGGCUGGUGGUCCUGCUCCUUGUCACAGAGUCAACCCGAGCCCACAACACCACGGUGUUCCAGGGCGUGGCGGGCCAGUCCCUGCAGGUCUCCUGCCCCUACGACUCCACCAAGCACUGGGCGCGGCGCAAGGCCUGGUGCCGCCAGCGGGACGAGGAGGGUCCGUGCCAGCGAGUCGUCAGCACGCACAGCCUGUGGCUGCUGGCCUUCCUCAAGAAGUGGAAUGGGAGCACGGCCAUCACGGAUGACGCCCUGGGCGGCACGCUCACUGUCACACUGCGGAACCUUCAAGACCGUGAUGCUGGCUUCUACCAGUGCCAGAGCCUCCGGGGCAGUGAGGCUGACACGCUCCAGAAGGUUCUGGUGGAGGUGCUGGCAGACCCCCAGGAUCACCAGGACACUGAAGGUCUCUGGGUCCCUGAGGAGUCCGGGAGCUCGGAGGGUGUCUCAGUGGAGCGCAGCUUCUCCAGCCUCUCGAGGGAGACCUCUUUUCCACCUACUUCCGUCCUUCUGCUCCUGGCCUUCAUCUUUCUCAGCAAGCUUCUAGCAGCCAGUGCUCUCUGGGUUGCAGCCUGGCGUUGGCAGAAGCUGGGGACUUUGCUGGCCAGUGGGCUGGACAGUGGCUACGACACAGACCACCAGCUGCAGACCCUGACAGGCCUGAGGAGCCCCUGAGGCAAGAGGACCCCGGCGGAGGAGAAGCGGGGAGAGGCCCGCCAGGGGCUGCCCCAGCCUGCCUGUAUGCCCCUUGGCCACCAAGACUCCUGUUUCUGCUCUGGCAAGACGCCACUCAGUCUGCACCCUGCUCUCCCUGGGGCCCGGAAGCAGGGACGUGUGUGUGUGUGUGUGUGUGUGUGUGUGUGUGUGUGUGUUGGGAGGCAGGUCACUUGUCAACUUCUGGGCUUUUCAUACUAAACUUUCAGAAAUCAAUCCAAGACUGUCCUAUUUUACUGGAUUUGGGGCUUCGAGAAGGUCUUCUCUUGCUUCACGGUAGGAGAAUGAAUUUGGAUGAGGGAAAGCGAAAAGAUCUCAUGCUGGGGACCUGGGGUCCAAGGGAACCACGUCCCUCUAGUCUCACAGGCUCCAACCUGGCCCACCUUUCUCUUCCUCUCUCCUUCCCUGGACCCAGUCACUGAGUCCUGCCCUCUUCUCUAAAAUCUCUCCCGCCACCCUCUGCGUUCAUUUGCUCCUUGGCUUCCUUGGCCUAUUGCCAGCUCCCUCCCAGCCCCAGGCGCCCUCCACUGCCCCUGCCCCCAAGGCCAUGCAACCCACUGACUCAUCCUUUCCCGCUGGAGUUUGCGUCCCUCGGGCUACUACUUCCCCUCCAGGCAAAUGCCAAGGGCUGGGUCAGUGCAGCCCCUGAGAGUUGGGGACGUGGUCCAAGCCCCUCAUCCUAUUAAAAAGAAACCGAGGCUCCAAGAGGGGCCGUGGCUUCUCCGAGUUUCCCAGGAUUGCCCAGGAAUCCAAAUCUCACUUGGCAUUCAAGGGACCCUGCCCCUCGCUCAGUCCCUCAUCCAUCCAUUAAUUCAUCCAGAACACCUUCAGUGCCUAGUGGUCCAGGCCAGGCACCAUUCUGAGGAGCGACAACAGUGAACGACAAAGACAAAGGUCGAGGGUCCUAGACACAUGGCGCUCACUGUCCAGUGGGAGAAGGGGAGAAAGACAACAGCACCAUACAGCAGGAACUGGACGGCCUGCCCAGGGCACAGAGUGCCAGGGACAAACAUUAGACCAAAGCGGGGGGAGAGUACUGGCCUGCGGGAGGGCUGGGGAUGGCCGUCAGAAGGCACCACUGAGGUGUCCGUGAAGGAGGGGAGGAAGUGGACCAGGCGCGCACGACGGAGGUGUUCCAGGCAGGGGGAGCAGCCCCACCUCCCUCUGCGACAUGCAGGUGUGAGGGGGAAGUGGGGUGAGGUUCCCUGAGGGUGGGCCCCAACUCUGGCCGCGGCCUCCUGAGGCUGGACGGGGACUCACUGAGAAGGUGCCCAGUCCAGAGCUCAUGUUCUAGCCUCCUGUCGCUCCCCUGGUCCCAGAUGGACCCCAGCCCUGCCUCGCCUGCCCGCCUCAGGCUGCCCCCAGCCCCUGCCAGGGAGCGCCAGCACUCUGGGCCACACUGUGAUUUUUUGGCUUCUCUGGCUUGGCGGCACAUCAAACUUCAUCAGUUCACCUUGGGCCGGUUGCCUCAUCCCCACAGAUUCUGGACAAACUCUAAGGGCCACGACUGAGCUGGGUCCUCUGUGCCUGCUCCCUCUGUGGGCACCAUGCUGACAAAAUCGGCCUGGGAGCCCUUGGAGCGUGCCUGGCACUCGAGCGCGGUGCUCAGAGAACUUGGCCUUUCCUCCUUCCUGCUUUGCCACGUUGUCACCCACCUCUGGACUGGGAUCACCAUUGGAACCCCAGCCUGGGGCUCAGGAGCACACUGGACUGAGGGAACAGGAUCGUGGCGUCUCAGUUGAUCUCUGCCUCCUAACAAGACAUC